AGAAGAAAAAAAAAUCAUUGAGCCACACCACAAUAUAUGGAAUGAUCGUUGCGAAUUUGAGUUAAUAUCAAACUUCCUUUGCAUACAUAUACUUCAAAUAUAUGUGUGGGUGAUUACGUCAUCAACGGACAGAAAAAAUACUACCUAUAAUUAUAUAUAGACAAACCUUUCAAAAAUUUGUAGAAAACAGUCCUACCGAAGCAAUGGAAUCGUCCCAGUAAGCUAUGGCAUUUUUGCAGCAAUUGGGCAUUCUGUUUGUUUGUGUUGGCAAUGGUAAACACACCCUUUAAAGGCAAAGCUAGGAAGACGUAGCACUAAUUAGCUUUUGCCAUUCUGAAGCAAACUCCACAAACGCCGAACAGACGUUGCAGUUAGCUGUUGCCAUUUGAAUCAAACAGGACACUAGUCUUAUAUAGUUUCUGCAGAGUUGACACCCUACAGAUUAUAAUCAUGCUGAAGAUAACGACUUCUCAUACAGCCUCAAGGUUUUUAUUUUGUCUGUGGGUGCUGUGUGCCAUGUCCCUGCUCUCUGCAGGAUCGCUUGUGAAGUUUGUUUCAGGAAAUAUGAGCCCUGAGUCAACCGGAGGCUGCCGGCUUUGGAACACCAGCCUCGGAUCAAAAGCCACAUGUACUCACCUAGAUCUCAAGUCUGUUCCUCAUGAUCUUCCAAGCAACACAGUAAUACUUGAUCUCUCCUUCAACAAGAUCACAACUCUGUUCAACAGUUCUUUUGCCUAUCUUCCUGAAAUCACUACCUUAGCGCUUGGAAGCAAUGUCCUCUCUAAGCUAGAAAAUGGUACCUUUAAGCCUCUGGCUCAUCUCAGGGAAUUAAGUCUACUCAACAACAGACUAGUUUCUCUUCCAUCAGGUCUGUUUUGCACGAAUCAUUUCCUUUCCACACUCAUUCUAAGUAAAAACAGAUUGUCUUCUAUUCCUAGUGAUGCUCUGCCUUGGUCUAACAGUACCAAGAGACUUGACUUAAGUGCCAAUAAUAUCUCCUUCAUUGAUUCACGUGACUUAAAACCUCUACAGAAUUGUUCACUGGAGAGUCUGCGUUUAGACAGAAAUGCCUUAAGUAGUCUUCCUCCUAACGUGUUCGCAUAUUUGAGCACAGUGAGGAGCUUGAUUCUUUACAAAAAUAAUUUUACAAAAUUUCACCCCUCCAUGGUUUUGGGAGGUACUGUCAUCACAGACCUUCAUAUUGACUCAUGCAAUAUACAUGAAAUCAUUCCAUUGAACAAGUCACAUGUUUCUCUAGGGGAAUGGGGCAACAUCUCUGAAAUAUUUCUUACAGCAAAUAUGAUAAGAAACAUCCCUGACUUUGCCUUUUGGGGUUUUAAUCAGACAAAAAUUAUUACACUUCAUAGAAGCCAGGUUGCUAGUUUAUCAAAUAGAUCUUUUUGUGGGUUAGACCACUUAAUUCAGUUGGAUCUGUCUUACAAUUGCCUCGCAACCAUAAGCUUAGAUAUGUUCUCUUGUAAUAAAAUGUUACAGAAACUGAAGCUUAAUGGGAAUAAGAUUGCGAGGCUUUCCAUCGGCGCAGAAUCAGGCCUAUCCUUACUAUAUCAACUCGACUUGGCGCAUAAUAAUAUUAAGGACAUCGAAAGCAGCGGAAAGAAUGUAACAUUUCCAUCAGUAGAGUACAUUGAUCUGUCUUUUAACAAAUUUACAGGGAUCAGAAGGUUUUUGAUGGAUGGUUAUACUAAUCUGAAAUUUCUGAACAUGUCGAACAAUGACAUCUCCAAUACAUAUUCUCAGAAGUCGUUCAUAAGCUUGAGGCUUCUCCAAGAGCUGUAUCUUACCAAUGAGCAUUCCCAAAACAUCAAUAAGGCUUUUCGCUACCUAGGGGCUCUACGCGUCUUGGAUUUGUCAUUUGCCCCAUUGAAAAUAACCUCCAUAAGUCAAUUCACAAAUACCUCAUCCCUCACCAGACUGAUUAUGCGUGAGAACAGUCUGAGGAGUACAGAUGUGUACCACAUCAAGACUGAAAGCUCUCUGUUUCUUGGCCUAGACUCUUUGGAAAGCCUGGAUCUAAGACAAAAUAAGCUUGACAUGUUAGCACCAGGUACUUUCAACCCGCUGAAAAAACUCAGGAUACUUUAUCUGUCGCAGUCUUCUAUAACAGUUCUGAGCCGGGGUGUUUUUGACAGCCUGACUGCCCUCACGACAUUGGACCUUCGCAACAAUGAGAUCAAGAUGAUACCCGAAUUGCUGCUUCAAACGCAACACCAUCUUGCUGUUCUAUUUUUAAUCAACAAUAAACUUGAAACCAUUCCAAGGAUACUAUUCAAUGAAACCACCUCUCUACACAGUUUGUUCAUCCAGCAAAACAAAAUUACUACCAUAGAACCAAAGACAAUGUUCCCAACAAAGACGACACUGAAACUAUAUGCUUCUGGAAACCCGUUUUCCUGUACGUGCCACUUGAGUUGGUUCGUGAAGUGGCUCCGUUCUGGCAAUGUUGAACUCAGGAAUCGAGAAAAGACUUUCUGCUCGUUAACGUCCAUCAAAGAAGAGGUCAAUUCACCUAUACUUUCAUUCAAUCCUGACCAAUACUGUGGCACUGACAUUGUGAUGAUCACAGGUGUAUCCUUGUCAGUUGUUCUGGUCGUGGCGAUUUGCUUGGUGGCUUACAGGAAACGAUGGUGGCUAAAUUACAAACUCUUCCUCCUCAAGCUAGCUAUUUUUGGCUACGAGGAAAUCAACCAGGACUUGGAUGCCCAGGACUAUGAGUACCAGCUAAACAUCAUGUGCGAUGAAGGUGACGAGGAAUGGGUGGAUCGGAUCAUGAGGCCAAUGCUGCAGGAGAGGUUUCCACAUUUGCAGAAAGUAAUCUUCGGUGACAACGACCUCAACAUCGGGAUGUUCUACAUCAAUGCUCUCCACUACGCCACCGACAACAGUUUCAAGACUGUCUUGUUGAUAAGUUACAACUCUGUAGAUGAUGCCUGGUUCUUGACCAAGCUACGCAUAGCCCUAGAGCACCUCAACGACACCAGACUGGACAAGGUAAUACUGAUUUUCAUUGAGGACAUCCAGGAUGAGGACCUCCCGUACCUGGUUCGGUUAUUCCUGAGUAAGAACAAACCUUAUAUGUUGUGGACGGACGAUGAAGAUGGCCAGGAACUCUUCUGGGCCCAGUUUGAGAAAAGCAUGAGAGCUAAUAAGGCCCUUAACAGUGUUAUUCCCAUUUGACAAGAAUAUUUCCACGACUAGUGAAGAAAAUUAGGAAUAUCUGACUAUUCCGACUUUCUUUAAGACGCAAUGGUACCAUAUACAAAUCGUUCACACUUAUCACUUUUUGAUAGAGUUAUUCCUAUUUAUCUCAAAAGCACGAAGCAUUAAAAACAAUAUUUAAACAAAGUAUUGGAGAAAAAAAUCAUAAACAUACUGUCUACUGGCCAAUGAUAUAUAUUUUUUUAAAUCAAGAUUUCUUUGCACGCGAUCAAUUAUAAUAUUCUUGACUGUGAGAAAGAAAAAAAGGAUCAUAACUAUUGAAACAUAUACAUUUUGCAGUUUGAUAAUAAUGUAUGCAUGUAUAAAGAGUAUGCAAUUGUUUAAAAUCUAUAUUCUAGACUGCACGCUUAUAUUUAUGUUCAUAUAAUUUUAUUUUGUCCGCUCUUACAACAAUCCUUGAUAAUUUUUGCUUAAUUGAUCAUUCUAGAGCCAUAGCUACCAAAGGAAUGGCACACAUUAUGUUGAUCUACAAUACCAAAAUAAUCAAUGUCUUAUCUUUAUAUCAUUUAAUCUCCAAAACUUACAUAUCUGUAUGUCCAGUUACCGUUCUAACUAUUCAAUUCCGAGUCAUGAUUUUGAAAUUUGUGUUAUUCGGCAUGAGUUUGAAAUUUAUUAAAUCUAAUCAUAAUUGAGCCUAUGUCUGUAUCAGUUUUU